ACACUUCAACCUCUCUAAUCACUCAGUGACAGACUUGAAGGUGUCAGUUUUGCAACAAAAAAACUUCAAAAACAGACUCCAAAGAGAGACUGCUGAACUCGAAUUAAUAUGCAAAUUAGAUACAAUUAACUUAGGCCUAAACAGAGACUGGGAAUGGUUGGGUCAUUACACUAAUUGAAUUUUUUUCCCCCCAUGUUAAGUUCUCCUCACACCUUCUAUGGGUCAUCUCGAUUAUCACUUCAAAGUUUUUUCUUCUGCUGCUACUGAUAGCUCAUCUCAAUUGAUUGGCCUCUUACAAUUGGCUUCGAGAUGGAGGAGGUGCCAGGGGAUCAGAUGGAAAGCCCAAACACUAGAGAGGAAGCUGGGCCCGGCCCCGUUCCACCAGAGGAAGUUGGGCCCGGCGCCGUUCCGCCAGAGGAAGCUGGGCCCGGCGCCGUUCCGCCAGAGGAAGCUGGGCCCGGCCCCGUUCCGCCAGAGGAAGCUGGGCCCGGCCCCGUUCCGCCAGAGGAAGCUGGGCCCGGCUCUGUUCCGCCAGAGGAAGCUGGGCCCGGCUCCGAAGCUGGGCCCGGUCCCCUUUCGCCAGAGGAAGCUGGGCCCGGUCCUGUUGCUCGUUCUCGACAAGUGACAUCUCUCCGCUCUUCGCUAGAGUCUUUUAGCCCUUCUCUGAGUAACCGCAGGAUGUCUAAAUUUCGCCGGAGCACUAGUGGAGUUCAAUCCCUACAAGAAACUUUAAAAGAAAAACAGGCACGAUAUAGAGAUGCAAGGGAAGGUCGAAAAAUGAAAAUUGGUGCUUCAUAUAGAUACAUAUUUGAAGUCCUAGGGGACAAACUUGGUUUAGAUACAACAACUGUGGAAGAUAUGAUCUUGGAUGGCCCUUCAUUACAGGCAUUUGAUAAUUUUUUUGCCAAAGACGGAAGUCGAACUUUGAAAUUCUUAUAUCAAGAAGGAGAAGCACCAGGAGUAGAAUGUGGUCGAACAAUUCCAGGAGUUGUAAAAGGAACUAAAAUUAUGAGAUUAUAUUUAGACACUGCACCAGAGAAGUUCAAAGGACUCUGUUUAUUUUUUGUUCGUUAUAGGAAUGACAUCCCUCUAAAUGCAAAAAGUAUACAUGAGGACAUAUACUUUUGUGUAUUAGAUGCAACUGAAGGACUUUUACGUGGUACUAGGAACAUGCUAGCAAAUAUUUUUCUACCAGCUAUCCUUGCAACAAAUAAUUGGGGUGCUUUAAGUCAAACCUCACAAGGAACAACUGAAAAACAGAAUUUCAUAGAAACCAUUAAUAGAUAUCUUUCAUUUUUAGACGGUGCUAGAGUAAGCAUAGAGGGAACUGUUGAGUUAAAAAAGAUGGAUCACAUUGACUUUUCUAAACUUCAGUCCUUUGAGGAAGUGACAACAGCAGCUGCUAAUUCUGAUACAGUUCAUCAACUAGAGGAAGUGCUUAUGAUAUGGUAUAAACAGAUUGAACAAGUUCUUAUCGAGAGUGAGCAGAUGAGAAAAGAAGCUGACGAUUCAGGGCCAUUGACUGAACUAGAACACUGGAAACGUAUGUCUGCUAAAUUCAAUUUUAUUAUUGAGCAGAUCAAAGGACCAAGUUGCAAAGCUGUCAUAAAUGUUCUAAAUGUUGGACAUUCCAAACUAUUAAAGAUGUGGCGAGAGUUGGAUGCCAGAAUCACAGACACUGCAAAUGAAUCAAAAGAUAAUGUGAGAUAUUUAUACACACUUGAAAAAGUAUGUCAACCGCUUUAUAACUAUGAUCUUGUGUCUAUGGCACAUGGAAUACAAAAUUUAAUUAAUGCUAUAAGAAUGAUUCACAGUGUUUCAAGGUAUUACAAUACUUCAGAGAGAAUGACAUCAUUGUUUAUAAAGGUUACAAAUCAAAUGGUUACAGCAUGUAAGGCAUAUAUUACUGAUGGUGGUUUAUCUCGUGUAUGGGACCAGGAUACACCUGUAGUAAUUAAAAAAAUUCAGGACUGCAUUUUUUUAUUUAAAGAAUAUCAAAAAUGCUUUCAUAAAACAAGGAAACAGAUUUUGGAAGCUCUAGGGGAAAAGACAUUUGAAGUAUCAGAGAUGUAUAUUUUUGGCAAAUUUGAAGCAUUUUGUAAAAGGCUAGAAAAAAUUACAGAGAUGAUUACUAUAGUACAAACAUUUUCUGCACUUAGUAUGUCUACAAUUGAAGGGAUAGAUAUUUUGGCAAUAAAGUUCAAAAAUAUCUACCAGAGUGUUCAAAAGAAACAAUAUGAUAUUCUCGACCCACGAAAAACUGAAUUUGAUGUAGAUUUUGUAGACUUCAUGACAAAAAUUGAAGGUUUAGAGGUGCAGAUACAGACAUUUAUGAAUACUUGUUUUGGAAGAAUUUUGUCUUCACAGCAUUCAGUUCAGCUACUUCAAAGGUUUCAGAAGCUGAAUAUGCCAUGUCUUCAGCAGGAAAUAGCACAUACUGUUGGACUUAUUCUUCAGCAUUACGUAGCAGAACUUGAAGCUACUAAAAAGCUUUACCAGGCUCAAAAAGAUGACCCUCCUCUUGCCCGAAACAUGCCCCCUGUAGCAGGAAAGAUACUGUGGGUGAGGCAGCUUUUCCGGCGGAUAAGUGAACCAAUCAACUUUUUCUAUAAAAAUUCAGAUAUCUUGACAAGUCCAGAAGGUAAAGCAGUGGUUCGAUUAUUCAAUAAAAUUUCCUAUGUAUUGGUGGAAUUUGAGGUACUCUAUCACAUGGCUUGGGUGAAGGAAAUUUCUCAGCUACAAUAUGCAUUACAAGCUACCCUACUGGUACGUCAUCCUGAAACUGGGAAGUUGCUUGUUAAUUUUGAUCCCAAAAUUCUAGAGAUUGUCCGAGAGACUAAGUGUAUGAUAAAGAUGGGUCUUGAAGUACCAGAGCAAGCAAAGAGGGUAGUAAAAAUAGAAAAUACUCUGAAGACAAACAAAUUGUGUUUGGAGAAUCUUCUGCAAUGUUACGAAGAUUUGUGUCAGGAAAUACCAACAGUGUUUGUAAAUUUGAUGGCACCAAAAAUGAGAAAGGUGGAAUCUGUGUUGAGACAAGGACUUACUAUAUUAACUUGGUCAUCUCUGACAUUGGACAGUUUUUUUCAAGAAGUUGAUGAAGUUAUGAAUAUGUUUAAGCAGCUUUUGAAAAAGGUUAAUGACUUAUGUGAAAUGCAGAUUGAUUUAAUAAUGAAAGACAUAUCAAAUACUCUUUUAAUUGUCCUGCCAGAGGAUGGUCCUAUCAAAAUGGAGGAUAUGCUGGCAUGCAAUGAGACUUACACCAAAGAAUGGGCUGAAAUACUGAACCACAAAAGUAUGCACAUAGAAGAUGCUGUCCAGGAGCUGAUAUCUAUAUUUGAGACAAUUUAUGAAAUUAAAGAUUCUAAGAAAACUUUAAAAAAGUAUUCAUUGCCAGUAGAAGGGAAACAUGUGGCAUUUGGGGCUGAUGGAGAGGAGGGAGAUACUGAUGGUUCUUCAGGUAUUCUUAGUGAGGAUGCUGAGGACAAUGAGAAAGAAGAUGAGUUUAGAAAGGAAUGUAAAGAGGUAGUUGCAUAUUUCAGUCAUCAGUUACUAGACAGUCUGUUGAAAGCCACCCGGCUAUCUUUGGAUACUCUUAAAAAAAGAAUGUUUGUUUCAAACACCAGCACCUUUGGACGAACAGCUUUUUUUGCUCAGACAAGCAAAUCUGAAGAGGUUCUUUCUUUCCUAAAAGCUGAAGUGCAUCUUGCUAUUCCUAAUGUGGUAAUGGUUCCUAGUUUAGAUGAUAUACAGCAAGCCAUUAAUCGCAUGAUCCAAUUAACACUGGAAGUAAGUCGUGGAGUCGCACAUUGGGGACAGCAACACUUACAAAAAUCGAGUAUAUUACUGAACAGAAAUGUACCUAUUGUCUCUUCAUCACCCAGUAUGGUAGCAGGGAAAACAGCCAAAAAAGAAAACAAAGUACUUGAUGAGAUUCCUGUAAGAAAGCUAAGAAAUUUUUAUCCAGGUGUUGCAGAACACAAAGAUAUUUCUAAACUAGUUGUGCUCCUCUCCUCGUCUGUAAAUUCCGUAAGAAAAGCAGCUAGUGAAGCACUGCAAGACUUUCAGAAAUAUAAGGUUCUGUGGACGGAAGACAGAGAUGCUAAAGUUCAGCAAUUUCUGGCUAGCAGUCCCUCUCUGACUGAAAUCAGAGCAGAAAUUCUUCAUUAUGCUACUUUUGAACAAGAGAUUGAGGAUUUAAAACCUACUAUUCUUGUAGGUCCAAUUGAAUUACAUACAGCACCAUUGAAACUCGCUUUGUCGAUUGAAGCCAAAGCAUGGAAGAUGCUACUCUGUCGUUACUUAAAUGAGGAAUAUAAGAAGAAAAUGACAGACAUGAUAUCAUUUAUAACUGAAUAUUUGAAGAAAUUAUCUCGACCUAUUCGUGACUUAGAUGAUGUCAGAUUUGCAAUGGAAGCUUUGUCUAACAUACGUGAUAAUGAAAUACAAAUGGAUAUGACCUUAGGACCUAUUGAAGAAGCCUAUAGUAUUUUAAAUAGAUUUGAAGUUGAGGUGACAAAAGAGGAAUCAGAAGGAGUUGAUACACUUAGAUAUUCUUUUAACAAAUUACAGACCAAAGCUGUCAGUGUUCAAGAUGAGUUGGUUCAAGUUCAGCCAAAAUUUAAGAGUAAUCUAUUGGAGUCCGUUGAAAUUUUUCGUGAAGAUGUAGCAAACUUUGACACAUCAUAUGACACGGAAGGACCCAUGGUUCCAAAUACACCACCACAAGAAGCCAGCAAUAGGUUACAAAUAUUCCAGGCCAAUUUUGAUGAACUCUGGAGGAAAUUUGUCACUUAUUCAUCUGGUGAACAGCUGUUUGGAUUACCUGUCACAGACUAUGAAGUUUUACAUAAAAUCAGGAAGGAGCUAGGAUUGCUUCAGAAAUUAUAUGGAUUAUAUGAUACUGUAAUGAACAAUAUCAGUGGGUAUUAUGAGAUACUUUGGACAGAUGUAGACAUUGAAAAAAUUAAUGCUGAACUUUUGGACUUUCAAAACAGGUGCCGCAAACUUCCCAAAGGACUUAAAAACUGGCAAGCGUUUUUAGACCUCAAGAAAAGAAUAGAUGAUUUUAGUGAGUCAUGUCCUCUGUUGGAAAUGAUGACUAAUAAAGCAAUGAAGCAGAGACAUUGGAAUCGCAUUGCUGAAACAACAGGACAUCAAUUUGAUGUGGAAUCAGAUUCUUUUUGUCUUCGAAACAUCAUGGAAGCACCACUUCUUAUACAUAAGGAUGAUAUUGAGGAUAUCUGUAUAUCUGCUAUAAAGGAAAAGGAUAUUGAAGCUAAAUUGUCUCAGAUAAUUGAAAGUUGGGGAGGCCAGAAUUUGAGUUUUUCAUCAUUUAAAGCAAGAGGAGAGCUACUGUUAAAGGGAAGUGAAUCAGCAGAAAUUAUUACACUUAUGGAGGACAGUUUAAUGAUCUUGGGCUCUUUACUUAGUAACAGAUAUAAUACACCAUUUAAAAAAGAUAUUCAGAACUGGAUAUACAAACUGAGCACCUCCAGUGAUAUCAUUGAAGAGUGGUUGGUGGUGCAAAACCUAUGGGUUUAUCUUGAAGCUGUUUUUGUAGGGGGAGAUAUUGCAAAGCAAUUACCUCAGGAAGCAAAACGUUUUCAGAACAUUGACAAAUCAUGGAUAAAAAUAAUGCAACGAGCUCACGAGAAUCCUAAUGUUGUUAACUGCUGUGUUGGAGAUGAAACUAUGGGACAGCUUCUGCCUCAUUUACAUGAACAGUUGGAGGUGUGUCAGAAAUCACUUACAGGAUAUUUAGAGAAGAAAAGGCUACUGUUUCCCAGAUUCUUCUUUAUCUCUGAUCCUGCCCUUCUUGAAAUUCUUGGACAAGCAAGUGAUUCACACACCAUUCAGCCACAUCUUCCUGCCGUAUCUGAUAAUAUAAAUGAAGUGCAGUUUCACCCAAAGGAUUAUGAUCGCAUAAUGGCAGUCAUAUCAAGAGAAGGAGAGAAAAUUCCAUUGGACACUCCAGUGAAUGCAAAAGGACCUGUAGAACUUUGGUUGCUAGAUUUGUUGCGCAUGCAACAGUCUUCAUUACACUGUGUAAUCAGGGCAGCAUAUUAUCAAAUUAGUGACCCAGGAUACCAGCUGCUUAACUUCCUUUAUCACUUCCCAGCACAGGUAGGGUUACUGGGAAUUCAGAUGUUGUGGACACAUGAUUCAGAAGAAGCCCUACACAAUGCAAAAGAUGACAGGAAAAUCAUGCAAGUAACCAAUCAGAAAUUUCUGGAUAUACUAAAUACACUUAUCAGCCAGACAACACAUGAUCUUUCCACCUUCGACAGGGUGAAAUUUGAAACCCUGGUUACCAUUCAUGUGCAUCAGAGAGAUAUUUUUGAUGACUUGGUAAAAAUGCAUAUCAAGUCAGUAACUGAUUUUGAAUGGUUAAAGCAGAGUCGAUUUUAUUUUAAGGAAGAUGUGGAUCAAGUUUGGGUAUCCAUUACAAAUGUUGAUUUUAUUUACCAGAAUGAAUUUCUGGGAUGCACUGAUCGUCUGGUUAUAACUCCUCUGACUGAUAGAUGCUAUAUAACCUUAGCUCAGGCUUUGGGAAUGAACAUGGGAGGAGCUCCAGCAGGACCAGCUGGAACUGGUAAAACAGAAACUACAAAAGACAUGGGAAAGGCUCUGGGAAAAUAUGUAGUAGUAUUUAACUGUUCUGAUCAAAUGGACUUCAGAGGCUUGGGUAGGAUUUUCAAAGGUCUUGCACAGUCAGGUUCCUGGGGAUGCUUCGAUGAAUUUAACAGAAUUGAAUUACCUGUUUUAUCAGUUGCAGCACAACAAAUUUAUAUUAUUUUAACAGCAAGGAAAGAAAGGAAAAAGCAAUUCAUAUUUUCUGAUGGAGAUUGUGUAGAUUUAAAUCCAGAGUUCGGAAUUUUUCUUACAAUGAAUCCUGGGUAUGCCGGCCGUCAGGAGCUACCAGAAAACCUAAAAAUUCAAUUUAGAACUGUGUCCAUGAUGGUUCCAGAUAGACAGAUAAUUAUGAGAGUUAAGCUUGCAAGCUGUGGGUUUAUUGAUAAUGUGGUCUUAGCUCAAAAAUUCUUCGUUCUCUACAAACUUUGCGAGGAGCAGCUCACUAAACAGGUUCAUUAUGACUUUGGUCUGAGGAAUAUCCUUUCCGUAUUGAGGACCCUUGGAGCUCAAAAGAGGGCCAGACCAGAUGACAGUGAAUUGAGUACUGUUAUGAGAGGACUAAGGGAUAUGAACCUCUCUAAACUGGUAGAUGAAGAUGAGCCCUUAUUUCUUAGUCUCGUCAAUGACCUCUUCCCUGGGUUACAGUUGGACAGUAGUACAUAUGUUGAACUACAGGCUGCAGUAGCCAACCAGGUUGAAGAGGCAGGAUUGAUUAAUCAUCCACCUUGGAAUCUUAAGCUUAUUCAGUUAUAUGAAACUUAUAAGGUACGCCAUGGUUUGAUGAUACUUGGACCCAGUGGAUCUGGAAAAACAACAGUUAUAACUAUGUUGAUGAAGGCAAUGACAGAGUGUGGGCGUCCUCACAGAGAAAUGCGUAUGAACCCAAAAGCUAUUACUGCUCCUCAAAUGUUUGGCAAACUCGAUACUGCAACUAAUGACUGGACAGAUGGAAUCUUUUCUACACUGUGGAGGAAAACACUAAAAGCUAAAAAGGGUGAGAAUAUCUUUCUGAUUUUAGAUGGCCCUGUGGAUGCAAUUUGGAUUGAGAAUUUAAAUUCUGUUUUGGAUGAUAACAAGACUCUGACUCUAGCUAAUGGUGACAGAAUUCCUAUGUCUCCUACGUGUAAACUGUUAUUUGAGGUUCACAACAUUGAGAAUGCCUCUCCUGCAACAGUUUCUAGAAUGGGCAUGGUCUACAUCAGUUCUUCUGCCCUCAGCUGGAGACCAAUUUUACAAGCAUGGCUAAAGAAACGUACGCCUCAAGAAACUGAAAUUUUACAGAAUUUAUAUGACAGAAACUUUGAAGCAGCAUAUACAUACAUGAAACUAAACCUUAAUCCAAAAAUGGAGCUUUUAGAAUGUAACUACAUUAUGCAGUCUAUUAAUCUUUUGGAGGGUUUGAUUCCCUCAAAGGAAGAAGGCGGUAUUUCAUCUCCAGCACAUCUUCAUAAAUUGUUUGCUUUUGGAUUAAUGUGGAGUUUAGGUGCUCUCCUGGAGUUGGAUAGCAGGGAUAAACUGGAAGCCUUCAUUCGAGCAAAUGAUAGCAAAUUAGAUUUGCCAGAAAUCCCUAAACACACCAAUCAAACAAUGUAUGAGUUUCAUGUUACUGAUUAUGGUGACUGGGAACACUGGAAUAAAAGAGUUCAGGAAUAUGUUUAUCCAACAGAAAGUAUCCCAGAUUAUUCAUCUAUUCUGGUUCCAAAUGUAGACAAUGUCAGAACUCAGUUUUUGGUAGAAACAAUUGCUAAGCAACACAAAGCAGUUUUGCUCACAGGAGAACAGGGAACUGCAAAGACUGUAAUGAUUAAAAGUUAUUUGAAAAAAUAUGAUCCUGAAGAACAUUUGUCAAAAAGUUUAAACUUUUCCUCUGCCACAGAACCAUUUAUGUUUCAGAGGACAAUAGAGAGUUAUGUGGACAAACGCAUGGGAAGUACUUAUGGACCACCAGGCGGGAGAAGAAUGACCGUGUUUAUUGAUGAUAUUAAUAUGCCAAUAAUUAAUGAAUGGGGAGAUCAGGUAACAAAUGAAAUAGUUCGUCAGAUGAUGGAAAUGGAAGGAAUGUACAGUUUGGAUAAACCUGGAGACUUCACUACAAUUGUUGAUGUACAGUUAGUAGCAGCUAUGAUACACCCUGGAGGAGGCCGUAAUGACAUCCCACAGCGUUUAAAAAGGCAGUUUACUGUGUUUAAUUGCACACUACCAUCCAAUGCAUCCAUAGACAAAAUAUUUGGAAUAAUUGGCUGUGGAUACUUUCAUCCAUGCAGAAAAUUCAAUCCUGAAAUAUGUGACAUGAUAAAGAAAUUAGUUCCAGCUGGCAGAAUAUUGUGGCAAUGGACUAAGGUAAAGAUGCUGCCUACACCAUCCAAGUUUCAUUAUAUCUUCAAUCUUCGAGACCUUUCCAGAAUUUGGCAAGGAAUGUUAACUAUCAAAGCAGAAGAAUGUAAGGAUAUCACUACCCUUAUGGCACUUUUUAAAAAUGAGUGCAAUAGAGUCAUUACUGACAGAUUUGUUAAUGAUGAAGAUGUAGCUUGGUUUGGUAAAGCCACUUCUAGAGCAAUUGAGGAACAUGUGGAUCCGGAAUUAGCAUCAAUUCUCCAGGCUGAACCAUAUUUUGUAGAUUUUUUACAGGAUAUGCCUGAACCGACUGGUGAUGAACCUGAAGAUUUUGUAUUUGAAGCACCAAAAAUUUAUGAAAUGAUCCCGAGCUUUGAAUUUCUGUGUGAAAAAUUACAAAUGUACCAGAGGCAAUACAAUGAAACUAUUAGGGGAUCAUUUCUCGAUUUGGUGUUUUUUAAAGAUGCAAUGACACAUCUUGUUAAGAUUUCACGAAUAAUUCGGACUGCAUGUGGAAAUGCUUUACUUGUAGGAGUUGGUGGUUCUGGAAAACAGAGUCUUUCAAGAUUAGCCUCUUUUAUAGCUGGAUACAGAAUAUUUCAGAUAACUUUAACCAGAUCCUAUAAUGUUUCCAAUCUAACAGAUGAUCUAAAACUUCUAUAUAGAGUAGCUGGUGCAGAAGGAAAAGGCAUCACUUUCAUUUUCACUGAUAAUGAAAUAAAAGAUGAAGCAUUUCUGGAAUACCUUAACAAUCUGCUAUCUUCAGGAGAGAUUUCCAAUUUAUUUGCUCGGGAUGAGUUGGAUGAAAUUACACAAGGAUUAAUAUCUGUGAUGAAAAAAGAGCUGCCUCGAUUUCCUCCUACAUUUGAUAAUCUUUAUGAGUAUUUUAUAUCACGGUCAAAGAAGAAUUUGCAUGUUGUUCUCUGCUUUUCUCCAGUUGGUGAGAAGUUCCGUGCACGUUCUUUGAAAUUUCCUGGUCUGAUAUCAGGCUGCACUAUGGACUGGUUCAAUCGAUGGCCUAAAGAAGCCCUUGUUGCUGUAGCCAGUUACUUCCUUUCAGAAUUUAAUAUUGUUUGUUCUUCUGAAGUUAAAGCACAAGUAGUAGAAACUAUGGGCCUCUUUCAUGAUAUGGUUUCUGAGAGCUGUGAGAAUUAUUUCCAAAGAUAUCGACGAAGAGCUCAUGUUACACCCAAAUCUUAUCUUUCUUUCAUAAAUGGUUACAAAGAUGUUUAUUCUGAAAAGCUAGGAAACAUUAAUGAACAAGCUGAACGCAUGCAAAUAGGUCUCUCUAAGUUGAUGGAAGCCAGUGAAUCUGUUGCCAAACUCUCUCUGGAACUGGCAGUGAAAGAAAAGGAACUGGCUUUGGCUUCUGUAAAGGCAGAUAAAGUGCUGGCAGAAGUUACAGUAAGUGCUGAGGCAUCAGCUAAAGUAAAAAAUGAAGUCCAAGGUGUGAAGGACAAAGCACAAAAGAUUGUAGAUGAAAUUGAUUCAGAAAAAGUGAUAGCAGAGACCAAACUGGAGGCAGCUAGACCAGCAUUAGAAGAAGCAGAAGCUGCACUGAAUACUAUCAAACCAGUGGAUAUUGCUACAGUUCGGAAACUUGCAAAACCCCCUCAUCUAAUCAUGAGGAUUAUGGAUUGCUGUUUGUUACUGUUCCAAAAGAAAAUAGACUCAGUUACACAGGAUCCAGAAAAGCCUUGCUGCAAACCAUCCUGGGGAGAGUCACUAAAACUUAUGAGUGGUCCAUUCCUGCAGAGUCUCCAACAAUUUGCUAAGGAUAGUAUCAAUGAAGAAACAGUAGAAUUACUACAGCCUUAUUUUAACAUGGAGGACUAUACUUUUGAGAAUGGUAAAAAAGUCUGUGGUAAUGUGGCAGGACUCCUGUCUUGGACACAAGCCAUGGCAACAUUUUAUGGUAUUAACAGAGAAGUUUUACCUCUUAAGUCUAAUUUAGCAAAACAAGAAGGACGUUUGAAAGUAGCUAAUGCAGAGUUAGCCACAGCUCAGGCAUUAUUAGAUGAGAAACAAGCUGAACUGGAUAAAGUGCAGGCAAAAUUUGAUGCAGCAAUGAAGGAGAAAAUGGACCUGUUGAAUGAUGCAGAUGUGUGCAGAAGAAAGAUGCAAGCAGCCUCUGCACUUAUAGAUGGAUUGAGUGGUGAGAAAGUUAGAUGGACUCAGCAAAGUAAGGAGUUCAAAACUCAGAUUAACAGACUUGUGGGGGAUGUUUUACUCUGCACAGGGUUCCUUUCAUACUGUGGCCCUUUUAAUCAGAUCUUCAGGAACCUUUUGCUUAAAGAUUUAUGGGAAGUAGAGCUGAGAGUUCGGAAAAUCCCUUUUACUGAAAACUUGAACCUGAUUUCAAUGUUGGUGGAUCAACCAACGAUUAGUGAAUGGAAUCUGCAAGGGCUGCCAGGAGAUGAACUCUCAAUUCAGAAUGGUAUAAUUGUUACUAAGGCAACCAGAUACCCACUUUUGAUAGACCCACAAACUCAAGGAAAAACCUGGAUUAAACAAAAAGAAAAGGGUAACGAAUUACAAGUGACAACUUUGAACCACAAGUAUUUCCGCACACACUUAGAGGACAGCCUUUCAUUGGGAAGAUCACUUGUGAUUGAGGAUAUAAGUGAAGAGCUGGAUCCAGCACUGGAUAAUAUAUUAGAAAAGAAUUUCAUUAAAUCAGGAACCUCUUUCAAGGUGAAAGUUGGUGAUAAGGAGGUAGAGGUAAUGACUACAUUUAAAAUGUAUAUUACUACAAAACUACCCAAUCCUGCUUUCACACCUGAGAUCAAUGCUAAAACAUCAGUUAUUGAUUUCACUGUUACAAUGAAGGGACUUGAGAAUCAGUUACUGAAAAGAGUAAUUCUUACUGAGAAACAGGAGCUGGAAGGAGAGCGAAUUAAACUCAUGGAAGAUGUAACUUUUAAUAAGCGGAAGAUGAAAGAAUUGGAAGACAAUCUUCUCUAUAAACUAAGCGCAACUAAAGGUUCUUUAGUAGAUGAUGAAUCUUUGAUUGGUGUACUGCGAACAACUAAGCAGACAGCUGCUGAAGUAUCUGAAAAGUUAUAUGUGGCAGCAGAAACUCAAGUGAAGAUUAACACUGCACAAGAGGAAUAUCGACCUGCUGCUACACGAGGAAGCAUUCUUUAUUUUCUUAUCACAGAAAUGAGCAUGGUCAAUAACAUGUACCAGACUUCACUGGCUCAGUUCCUAAAGUUAUUUGAUCAGUCCAUGGCCAGAUCUGAAAAGUCUCCUUUGCCUCAGAAAAGAAUCUCAAAUAUUAUUGAGUAUCUUACGUUUGAAACUUUUACAUAUUCUGUCAGAGGCUUUUAUGAAUACCACAAAUUUCUUUUUACCCUUCUUCUGACACUAAAAAUUGAUCUUCAGAGAGGACAGGUCAAACCCAAAGAGUUCCAAGCACUUAUUAAAGGAGGUGCAGCGCUGGAUCUAAAAGCUUGCCCUCCCAAACCAUUCCGGUGGAUUCUUGACAUGACAUGGCUGAAUCUGGUGGAACUGAGCAAACUUCCACAAUUUGCAGAAAUUAUGAAUCAGAUAUCCCGCAAUGAGAAGGGGUGGAAAAGUUGGUUUGAUAAAGAUGCUCCUGAAGAAGAAGUUAUUCCUGAUGGAUACAAUGACUCACUAGAUACUUGUCGCAAACUUUUGCUUAUCAGGUCUUGGUGCCCAGAUCGCACCCUUUCCCAAGCCAGAAAGUAUAUUGCUGAUUCUCUGGAAGAGAAAUAUACAGAACCAGUCAUUUUAAAUUUAGAGAAGACUUGGGAAGAAAGCGAUACACGAACACCCCUUAUCUGUUUCUUGUCUAUGGGGUCUGACCCAACUAUUCAGAUUGAUGCCUUGGCGAGGAAACUUAAACUGGAAUGUAGGACUAUCUCUAUGGGUCAGGGACAAGAAGUUCAUGCACGCAAGCUAACUCAGACAUCAAUGCAGCAGGGGGGCUGGGUGUUACUUCAAAAUUGUCACCUAGGCCUGGAUUUCAUGGAUGAACUACUGGAAACAAUUGUUACUGCAGAGAUUCCUGAUGAGACCUUUCGAGUUUGGAUAACCACUGAGCCACAUGACAAGUUCCCAAUUACACUGCUACAGAUUUCUAUAAAGUUCACAAAUGAACCUCCCCAGGGUGUACGUGCAGGUUUGAAAAGAACAUUUUCAGGAAUUAAUCAAGACCUGCUAGAUGUCAGCAAUAUGCCUAUGUGGAAACCUCUGCUUUACACUGUAGCUUUCCUACAUUCCACGGUCCAGGAACGGCGCAAGUUUGGCCCUUUGGGUUGGAAUAUUCCCUAUGAAUUCAACUCUGCUGACUUUACAGCCAGUGUUCAGUUUAUACAGAAUCACUUAGAUGAAUGUGACAUCAAGAAAGGUAUAUCAUGGAGCACAGUACGAUACAUGAUUGGAGAAGUACAAUAUGGAGGGCGGGUCACUGAUGAUUAUGAUAAGCGUCUUCUUAAUUGUUUUGCAAGGGUGUGGUUCAGUGAAAAGAUGUUUGAGAGCACAUUUUGUUUCUACACUGGAUAUAAAAUCCCAGUAUGCAAAACUCUGGAUCAGUAUCAGGAGUACAUUCAGACCCUCCCUGCCAUGGAUAGCCCAGAAGUCUUUGGUCUUCACCCAAAUGCUGACAUCACAUAUCAGAGUAACACCGCAGCCAAUGUUCUUGACACCAUUACCAAUAUUCAACCUAAGGAAAGUGGAGGUGGAGCAGGAGAAACUCGUGAAGCCAUUGUAUACCGAUUAGCUGAAGAUAUGCUGGACAAACUGCCUCCUGAUUAUGUACCCCAUGAGGUGAAAGCCCGUUUGAUAAAGAUGGGACACCUUAAUUCUAUGAAUAUUUUUCUUCGUCAAGAAAUUGACCGAAUGCAAAAGGUUAUUACAAUACUCCGAAACAGUCUGAAUGAUCUUAAGUUAGCCAUAGAAGGAACCAUUAUUAUGAGUGAGAAUUUGAGAGAUGCACUUGAUAAUAUGUAUGAUGCUCGAAUUCCUCAACUGUGGAAAAGGGUAUCUUGGGAUUCUUCAACGCUUGGAUUCUGGUUUACUGAACUCCUGGAAAGAAAUACUCAGUUCCAUACCUGGAUAUUUGAAGGGAGACCAAAUGUGUUUUGGAUGACUGGAUUCUUUAAUCCACAAGGAUUCCUGACAGCAAUGAGACAAGAAGCAACUCGAGCACAUAAAGGCUGGGCGUUAGAUACAGUUACAAUACAUAAUGAAGUUUUAAAGCAAUCUAAAGAAGAAAUCACAACACCCCCUGCUGAAGGGGUUUAUAUUUACGGACUGUACUUGGAUGGCGCAGGCUGGGACAGACGUAAUAGUAAACUCACUGAACCUACACCAAAGAUUCUCUUCACAAUACUCCCUGUGGUGCACAUAUUUGCUGUUAACACAAUUGGUCCCAAGGAUCCCAAACUCUAUGUUUGUCCUAUUUACAAGAAACCCAGGCGGACGGAUCUGACCUACAUCACUGUGAUCUAUUUAAGGACAGUCGUAUCUCCAGAUCACUGGAUACUGAGAGGAGUGGCGCUCCUGUGUGACAUCAAGUAA